AUGAAGAAUGAAUUGAAAUUAUUUCUUCUCAUACCUAUUUAUUCAAUUGUUGCAAUUUCUGUUGACUCACAAUUUACGUAUCUAGCAUGGAUAAAUACACCUCGGAAACAAGGUGGUUUAGGCAAUAUUCAAAUUCCACUUCUAUCUGGUUUAACACAUCAAAUUUCGAAAGACUAUGGCGUUUAUCUACAAGAUGUAGGUCAUGCAAUAAGAGGAUUAGUUAUUAUUAAUGGGCGUGGUAUUCUUCGUCAAAUUACAAUGAACGAUCUUCCUGUGGGUCGAUCAACUGAUGAAACAAUUCGACUUCUUCAAGCUUUUCAAUAUACUGAUAAACAUGGCGAAGUAUGCCCUGCUGGUUGGCGUCCUGGUGCUGAUACUAUUAUUCCAAAUCCAGACGAAAAACUUAAAUAUUUCAGUAAAAAUUACAAAACCAAAAAGAACUAA